UGGGAACGUCAUAUGCAAAUUAGACGUGCAUCCUGCUCUCCGUCCCCUCUUCGUUGGGGCAGUUACGAACCCGUGCCUGUGCGCAGGCGCGGGAAAGUUGAACUAAUAAAGUUUGGACAAAUUUGGUCAAGGAGGUGGCGGCGGCGGGGUCCCAGAUCAGGUGCCUCCAUGGCAGGAUCGGAAGAGCUGGGGCUCCGAGAAGACACGCUGAAGGUUCUAGCUGCCUUUCUUAGGCGGGGUGAGGCUGCCGGAUCCCCUGUUGCAACCCCACCCAGGAACCCUGUCCAAGAGGAACCAACAGACUUCCUGAGUCGCCUUAGAAGAUGUCUUCCCUGCCCCCUGGGACGAGAAGCAGUUCCCCCUGAGUCCCCGCGGCCCUGCUCCCUGCCCCUCCGUCCCUGCUAUGGUUCAGAGCCUGGCCCAGCCACUCCAGACUUCUAUACCCUGGUAGCCCAGAGGCUAGAACAACUGGUCCAAGAGCAACUAAGAUCUCCACCUAGCCCAGAGUUACAUGGUCCCCCACCCACGGAGAAGGAAGCCCUGCUGCGGAGGCUGGUGGCUUUGUUGGAGGAGGAGGCAGAAGUCAUCAACCAGAAGCUGGCCUCCGACCCCGCCCUGCGCAGCAAACUGGUCCGCCUGUCCACUGGCUCUUUCACCCGCCUAGUGGAACUGUUCUCCAGCCGUGAGGACAGCUCUCACCCAAGACGCACAUGCCCUGGGCCGCCGCCACCUUCCCCAGAGCCUCUGGCCCGCCUGGCCCUGGCCAUGGAGCUGAGCCGGCGUGUAGCUGGGCUGGGGGGCAACCUGGCAGGACUCAGCGUGGAGCACGUGCACAGCUUCACGCCUUGGAUCCAGGCCCACGGGGGCUGGGAGGGCAUCUUGGCUGUUUCACCUGUGGACUUGAACUUACCCUUAGACUGAGAUCUUCCUCAGAAGCUGCUACAAGAUUGGACCUCAGGUCCAUGCCCUCUUCAUGUGCUUUUCAAAGUCUUCCUGUUCCACUCAGGGAUGUGGGGUUUUUGCCCUACCUGUUUUUGCCAAAAAGUUGUUUCAACCUUUUCAUAUUAAAAGCUUUUGAAAGUA